AUGGCCACAAGCCCACCCGCCCACUCCUUCUUUCCCCUAAAGAGAGAUGCCCACCGCACCAUCCGCACCGGGCAAUGCCCCUGCCGUGGGAGCUCGCCCUACCCAGGUGAGCCUCGGCCCUUCCCGCCACUAAUUCGGCCCCGCGGCUCGGGAGGCGGCGGCGGCCACUCGCGCUCCGGCUUCUCUCGGGCUCCGCGAGCUCCUGACCCACUCGGCCGCACCCGCCGCAGCCCCCGGCCCAGCAUUUGGACGCCCGAGACCGUCGCCCACCCGCCGGCCGGCCGAAGAGCUGGGCUGGUCUCUUCAGUGCAGGCUGUGCUGGCCACCGGGUCAGGGAUCAUCAUUAUCCGCUCCUGCAAAGACGUGGUCACCGACAGGCACUGGCUUUCCCGAGAAUAUGUCUGGUUUUUGAUUCCAUACAUGAUCUAUGACUACUAUGCCAUGUACCUCUGUGAAUGGUACAAAACCAAGGAAGAGAACCGCAGACACUCCCUCACCACUUUCCAAAACUUCCUAAGUCAAAACCGCCUCAUGAUCGCACACCACACAGUCAUUCUGUUGGCGCUUGUGCCUGUCGCGCAGAGACUUAGGGGAGACCUGGGGGACUUCUUUGUUGGCUGCAUCUUCACAGCAGAGCUGAGUACUCCAUUUGUGUCACUGGGCAGAGUUCUGAUUCAGCUAAAGCAGCAGCACACCCUUCUGUACAAGGUGAAUGGAGUCCUCACCCUGGCCACCUUCCUUUCCUGUCGGAUCCUUCUUUUCCCCUUCAUGUACUGGUCGUAUGGCCAACACCAGGGACUAAGCCUGUUCCAAGUGCCAUUCCACAUCCCUUUCCAUUGCAAUGUGGCCAAUGCUGUCCUCAUCGCUCCCCAGAUCUACUGGUUCUCGCUGCUGUGCAAGAAGGCAGCCCGGCUCUUUGGUGCUCCCCAAGCCAAAAAGGAUGGUUAA